GUGGAAGUGCGCAAAGUGGCUUGAAAGUGGCUCUGUGCAUGGAAGAGUCUUCGUUGGAUGUGUCUCGAUCUUCAGCACAGUGUUGGGUGAUGUGUCGAUCGUAUUGGAUUCCCGCGUGCGAUCUCCUUGAGGAAAAUGCUGUAAAUUGCAUUUUUUAGAGACAAACUGCGGAAUUCUUUUUAAAAUUUCUAUAUGCUACAAAUUACAUAAUUCCCCACUCUCUGGAUAGUCUCCGUGAGACGAUCGUCAGCAAUUCUCGUGCCGAGGUAUUCUCUGGUGUGUCAUUUGUGUGUAAAUCAACGCGAUGUGAUCACGCGAGAGAAUUUUUCUUGAAAGGGGUUUUUUUUAUUCUUCUUGUUAUUUGUGUGCUGGUGGAAAGACAGUGUUGGCUUCCUAAUCUGUGGGACUGAAAAUAAAAAGAAAAAAUUGUCCAAACGCUUAUCAGGUACCCAAAUUAAUCAACAAAACCUUUCCUAUUAUUGCUCAAAGUGUUAUCGCUCGACUCAACUUACGCGCUCUCAUGGUACGCGUUGUGAUCGAUAAUCACCUAAAAAAAUGUAACCAGUCAAUGAAUUUCAUUCGGCCACACAACACCUCAAUGCCGAGUGAUCCCCACACCAAGGAUCAUCUCAUCUUUAAAAAAAAUCAGGAAAACCCCCUCGCAGAGAUCCCCAAACCCACCCAAGAUUUUUUUUUCACUCAACGAACGUCGAAGUUUUCUGUGAACGUGUGUGGACAUCGUUGUAGCAUCUGAGAAAAAUAAUACAGUGAGAAAAAAACCUCAUACUUAAUGUUCUAUUCCGACUUUUAAGUGGAGAGUGUUGGAAAAAAAAAGUUGAAGGUGAAAAUGGCUUGUGGUGGACUCCGUUGCUCAAUGCUCUUCAUUGGACUUUUUGCCCUGAUCCAGGCCAUUGCAUUCCUGGUGAUGGGGAUUUUUGGUAUUCUCGCUCAUCAGUGCGACGUACAAAUGGACACCUCUCAGCUCAAUUACUUAAUCUACCUCACAUACUUCCGACACGCUCAGUGUGGGGAAGUUAAUUGGCAACUACUGGGUAUAGAUCUUCCGCCAGGAGUGCAAGUAAUCAAACCCGAUGUAUCUGAUGUUGCACUACGAAUGCAAAUCUUCAUUAAGAUCUACAUUGUCACGAGUUGCUUGUUGAUCAUCACGUCCAUCAUGUUCAUUGCCGGCACGAGCUCAUCCUGCCUCAGCCGAGCUUUCUUGCGUUUCUUCUGCUACGCCUUUGCCGUCACGUUCCUGGUGAAUUUUGUCUUUGAUCUCGUGGCUACGGGAUUCCACAUCUAUGACAUCACAUGGACAACGACCCUCUACAACUUCCUGGAAUUCAUUCAAGUUGAGAAUCGGGAUCAGUUGAUGCAGUAUUUGGGCGACGUAUCCAUCGUUGCCCUUCCCAUUCCCUCCGUCAUCAUGACCGUCGUGUCAUCUCGAGGUGUCUUGAUUGCCAUCAUGAACUUCACUGGGAUCAUCAUUGUCUUCAUGUCCAUUAAGAAGUUAGAGGAGAAGGUGGUGCAGAAGCCCCCGAAGGCGGUCAGAGCACCAGAUUUUGGCUACGAGAGGCAAUUUCCACCGUCUGAGAUGACACAGAGGAGGGUAGCAGAUCACAUUACGCAGCCGUAUCCGGAGGAGUAUCAACAGGAGGUGCCACAGCAGAAGAUCGUUGCGCCAGUACAGACGCGCAGUCGCUACGAUGACAUCAAUCCACAUCCGUAUCAGUAUGACAAUCACACGUAUCAGCCGGAGAAUCAGCUGGUGUCUGCCAUGAAGCCACAUCCCAUCAUUACGACAGAGCGGCGUUUCCUGGAGCCCCUAAAAGGUGGUGAAUCAGAUGGUUCACUCUCCUCACGGGCAUCCCCAUCGAGGAGUCAUGAUAGUCUCGAGAAUAAUCGAGACUCCACGUACAUGGGCUACGCACGUAUUCCACCUGUGGACACAAAGAGAACCCCCAAGGUGGAGGAGCCCAAUCCCAUUGUUCUGCGACACACGAAACCAACACACGGUGGCUCCCUGAAUCGCGACGAGAAGCCAGCAGUGAGGAAGACAUACUCAGAUGCAAAUAGGUUCUCACAGCAAGCACCCCCAGAGGAGCUGCGAAGUCAGCUGCCGUGGUCCUACUUCCAGAGCAGGCACGAAGUGAAGCGACCCAGGAAAAUUCAGGAGCACAGCAGUGACGAAAUCCCACCCCCAGUCCCUGUGCCUGACUACACAUUGCAUUUCCCGAAGAAGGGUCGACCAGGACCUCCGCCGCCGCCCAAGCCAACCAAAGAGAGCAUCGAACGAUGGAGUGGACCAGAAGUAACAUACUGAGCGCCAUACUGAGAACAUGUACCCACAACAUCCUGCCAAAAAAAGUUCCGCCACAGCUGAAGAAAUCAAUAAUAAAAAAAUAUUUUGUGUGAUAAGAAUAUCUUUGCAGCAAGUUCGAUAAGAUUAUAAAUGUAUUAUUUUAACUAAA